AUAGUCUGUAAUCAUCGUGACGAUUUGGGAAUAUUGCAGAGCCGUUAAACCCUAAGAACGGAGAAGAGAACCCUACACCGGCGGAGAAGAUAAUCAGAUUCGAUGUCGGAUAAUAAAGACCACGAUUCCGAUUCCGAUGCACCCGAAGAAUUAACCCAGGAGCAGGCGAAGCAAGAGGAUGCAGAGUUGAGGAAAAUACAAAGAGAGAGUAAGACUAGGAUUUCCCGUGAAAAGAAAGAGAGGCGGAAGCUUAUGGCAGAGAAAAUAACUCCUCGAAAGUCUCGAAAGAAUGAAACAUUAGAAGAUGUCGAAGUAGAAGAAGAAGAAGAAGAAGAAGAAGAAGAAGAGGAAAACUCUGAAGCUCUUGCAAAGAAAGGAUUCCUUUCAAAAGACAUCAUAGACUUUCUUGCGGAGCGAGAAAAACAAAAAGCCGGGUCGGAUUCUGAAGAAGAAGAGAUCAUAGAUGAAAUCCCAAGAAAGAAAAAGCAGAAAAGCUCAGGGAUCGAAACCGUUAUUUACACAGAGAUUCCACCACCGGAAUGCUUGAAAAGCGGGUUAGAUUUCUUGAAGAUGAGGAGAGCGCAAGUCCCACGAUCGUCUUCAGUCAUCAAGAACUCCAGCCAAGCUCUCCGACUUGCCACCGGUGCUGCUUUAACCAAGAAGCAGCGACAGAGGAAAUGAGAAAAACUUGAAAUGUAAAAUUCCAUAACAUUUUUGUUUUAGUUGGCCGUUUUGGCAACUUCUACUACUACUUCAUGUAUCAGAUAUUUUAUUUGUUACUAAUAUGCUCAAACGCUCUCAAUACAAUCCGGUUUAUCAA